ACCGAAAGAAAAGACUUUGAUAGACCAUUGGAGAAUGAUAUGGCAAGAGAAUAUUGAAUACAUUGUCAUGCUGACGAAUCUUAUUGAGGGACCAAAGAAAAAAUGUCAUCGGUAUUGGUCAAAUGAAGACGAAGAAUUAGAACUAGAUCCAUUCUCUGUUACCCUAAUUGAGGAAAAGGUGUAUGCAUAUUACGUAAUCAGAAUUCUGAAUUUAAAGAAAAGGGAAGUAACUGGGUCAAGGAGGGUCUUGCAGUUUCAUUAUACUAGAUGGCCAGAUCAUGGUACUCCUAAUCCACUAGAUCUUGUCAUUUUUCACAGACAUUUUAGACACAAGGUGAACCCAACUCAGCGUCCGAUUCUCGUGCAUUGCAGUGCUGGAGUAGGAAGAACAGGUACCUUUAUUGGCCUUGACGUUCUGUCAAGGUAUGGGAAGGACAACGGCAAGGUCAAUGUCAUAGAGUAUGUCAAGACCAUGCGUAAAGACAGGAUGACAAUGAUACAAAAUGUAGAGCAAUACAUUUUCCUGCACCAUGCGUUGUUUGAGUUCUUCAGGCGCCAAGGCAGAAUAAUAAAACGAGAAGGUUUUUUGAAUGUCUGUUGUGGUAGUGCGAAUCGAGAAACAAUGAAGGAAAUAACAAAUGAAUUCAAUGAACUUUCCACACUAAAGCCAGUCUAUGAUUCGGAAGAUUUUACGACUGGUAUAAAUCAUCUUCAUCUGAACAAAACUCAGUCAGUACUACCGGUGGAGCAGUAUUUGGUGUCUUUGAGUUCACACGUUUCGGGGAGAGAUGCUUACUAUAAUGCAGUAACUGUUUCGUCUUUCACCCAAGCAGAGGAGUUCAUUUCUGCACAACUUCCGGUAACUGGUGCUGCCAUUGAUUUGGUUCGCCUGCUAGUUGAUCAAGAGUCUAAUUUCCUUAUUUCUUUAAACCCUUUAGCAAACAUCGAUGAGAUGAAAAAAUGGGUUGAUGAAAAUGUAAAGCAAAUCCUGCUGGAACCAUACGAAAUUAACAAAAGCGCUCAGUCAACGUUAAAUGGGAUAAGAAAGACAACUCUUAACAUCGAAGUAAAGGAAAAAUUAUCCCAUGAAGUACAUAUAUUUGAAUGCCUUGAUUGGAGCCCGGAUAACGUACUUCCUGCUGAUACAUCCUCGUUGAUUAAUUUAAUCAAGCAGUUUAGUUCUGACCGCAAAUCGGAACCAGAUGGACCGGUGACAGUUAUUUCGAAGGACGGAGCUACCUGCUGUGGAGUAUUUAUUGCUGUGUAUAACGCAAUAGAACAGCUACAACAAGAUGAUGAGAUAGAUCUCUGUUCCAUUGUACAACAGAUACAAUGCCGUAGACCGGAAAUGAUUGCCACCAAGGCGGAGUAUGAGUUUUGUUCAAGAGCUGUUUGUGAUUUUCUGAAUAUGAACAAUGUUUAUGCCAAUACUUAACUACCUCACACAAGACGUUGCUUCUGAUUUGUUCAAUAGGAACUAAAAUAAGUUGCAUGGAAGUGAAAAGAUAUAUAAAUAUUUCAAUGAAGAAACUGGCAGCAUCUAAAAUGUAAACAUUCUUUCUGCUAGGAUAUUUUGUACAACCAAAA